AUGCAGCACCAGCUCCUCACCUGCCUCAGCCAGCCCACAGCACACCUGGGGCUCCAGGGAAUGAAGGAGGACAAGGAGUCACGUCUGGCUCUCAAGUCCAUGCUACACUGCACCACACUGCCCAAGAACACACCUCUGGGGGACCCUGGCUUGUCACUCCAGUCAAAGACCACCUGGAAGUUGAUAAAAGCGGGCACGGCAUUAGGAAGGUGGAGAACCACUGGGCUAGAGGCUCCAUUAGGACAACACACAUUUAGUCCAAACAAACUACACCCUCUUACCGCCCCCCAGGCAGUGCAGGCCUUUGAUCCUCGAAUCCAACAACUCUGUGGCUGUCAUCUCCGGGCGGGGCUUGGAGCUCAGAGGGCUUCCCCCCUUUCUCUCCACAGUACGAAAAAGCAUUCUCACCCAAGUAUCUGCAGAACUGGUGUCUCGCCAAGCCAACGAAAGAGGUAUCCACGUGUUUCUACGUCACUCACUGCCACCAGCCUUCUCCCCACAUCCUCCACUCCCUCAGCCCUCACUCAAGCCCUGAUACUCCCUCCACUCUCCCAGCGCUUCUCUUCCACUUUCCCCCAGAGCAUUCCUUCCCACGAAGGCUACACUCAGAUUAUCGCCAACGACCGUGGCCAUCUGCUGCCUUCAGUGCCCCGUUCCAAGGCAAGUCCUUGGGGUUCCUUCAUGGGCACCUGGGAGAUGCCUCUGAAGAUACCCCCUGCUCGGGUGACCCUGACGUCCCGUACAGCUGCUGGUGCUGCCUCCCUCACCAAAUGGAUCCAGAAAAAUCCUGACUUACUCAAGGCCUCCAAUGGGCUUCGUCCAGAAAUCUUGGGCAAGCCCCAGGACCCAGCCAGUCAGAAGAAACCCCAGAACUCUGUCCAGCAAGCACCAAGUCCAGCCAUCAUCCCAAGGUCCCCAGCCACAGACCUCAGUUCCCCAGAUCAACCCCCAAGUGCACACCCCUCAGCAGGUCACACUCCGGGUCCCCUCAGCCCAGCCAGCGCUCCCAAGUGCCCACCCAGAAGCCCAUGCACGUAGGACCAGGGUGGGUUCUACUCGAGCCGGGCCAGGAACGCAAACUGGGACUCCGCGGGCCCCACUGAGGAAGCCUAUCUAGAGAUGAGUGAAGUAAGAGCCCGUCAGGGAAAUGACAGGAAUAAAGGUGAAUUUGGAAAAUAAUCACCACUGUUGACUCUUGUACUGAUUUUGAUUUUUCCCUCCUGCCUCUUAUCACCAAGAACCAGAAGGGUUGGGGGAAGGGGGAAACAUGACAAAGGCUUGGGGUACACAUUUGUACAAGGACCAAGUUGGUUACACUCCAGAAAUGGCCAGAAGUCGGUUGGAAUCACAGCACCCACUCCCACACCCGGAUUUUCCUCCUGAGCACCCCAAGGACACUCUCACUGUGCACUGCGCAGCGUGCUCGUCUAGAAUCUGAGGCCACUAUUUGGAGCAGCCUCUUUGGUCUAAGUUGCUAUAAGCCGUAUGACUGACCAGCAGGUAGCUGGCUCUAAUGGCUGCUUGCGGAACAGGUGUGCUGUGAGCCCCAGGCGCUGGCUCAGACACUAGCUCCUACGCGGG